CAAAAUGAGCAUGGAAAUUUUGGCAGGAUAUUCUCUUUUUUUCGGAUAUAACCCCAUCUAAACCUUCAUUUUAUCUGAAGCUUAAGUCCGGAGAAGUUUGGCAAGGAUCUUAUGCGGAGACUCAUGCGCAGAAGCUGCCAAAAGCCACCGAGCGUGCAUGCAAAUUGAUAGGCGUGCCUUGGGGCGAUGGAGGCGCGGGCGGACCUCCAGAUAAGCCCUGCUACAGCAGUAGGCAGGAUGCGGAGAUCCGCAGAUCGGUAAGGACUUCUCCUCCGAAGACGCCUUAGGACGAGCGCAGUCACUUAAAGCAUGCUUAGAUUUAAGACAGUGAAUUAAGACGGCGGCAGUGGCGCAGAUUAACCGAUGUGGAUAAAGUCAGCAUUGCUCCGCCGCGCCGAGAGCAAACCGGUACCGGGACGAGAUAGAUAGAAUCGUUUGUGUCUGCAGAUUGCAUUUUGUCAGGAUGGCCGAAGACGAUGUCAGGCGCCCUGAUAGAGAAAGACUUGAGAAAGACAGCAGGAACUCCAGUGUGCUGAACUGGGAGCAGGUUCGGCGCCUGGACUCUAUCCUGACAGAAACUAUUCCCAUCCACGGCCGGGGCAACUUCCCCACCCUGGAGAUGAAACCCCAGCAAAUUGUUAAGAAAGUCAGGAGUCGGAUGGAGGACAAGAAGAUCAGUGUCCGAGAUGUGAGGUUGAACGGGUCUGCUGCGAGCCACGUUCUUCAUGAGGACAGCGGCUUGGGCUACAAAGACUUGGACCUCAUCUUCUGCGCGGACUUGAAAGGUGAAGCCGAGUUUCAGGUGAUCAAGGACAUUGUUCUGGACUGCUUGCUGGACUUCCUACCCGAAGGCGUGAACAAGAAGAAAAUAACGUCCCUAACGCUGAAGGAGGCCUAUGUGCAGAAGAUGGUGAAGGUCUGCACGGACACGGACCGGUGGAGUCUAAUCUCACUCUCCAACAACCACGGCAAGAACGUGGAGCUCAAGUUUGUGGGCUCCCUGCGUCGCCAGUUCGAGUUCAGCGUGGACUCCUUCCAGAUCAAGCUGGACUCCUUACUCCUCUUCCACGACUGCUCGGAGAACGCCAUGUCGGAGACGCUGCACCCCACCGUCGUUGCCGAGAGCGUCUACGGGGACUUCCAGGCGGCGCUGGAGCACCUGCGCCACAAGGUCAUCUGCACACGCAACCCAGAGGAGAUCCGAGGGGGCGGCCUGCUGAAAUACUGCCACCUGCUGGUGAGGGGCUUCCGCGCGGCCUCCGAGGCGGCGAUGAAGUCGCUGCAGCGCUACAUGUGCUCGCGCUUCUUCAUCGACUUCUCAGACAUCGGCGAGCAGCGGCGCAAGCUGGAGUCCUACCUGCAGAACCACUUUGUUGGCCUGGAGGAGCGCAAGUACGACUAUCUGAUGACGCUGCACAGUGUGGUGAACGAGAGUACGGUGUGCCUGAUGGGACACGAGAGGCGGCAGACCCUCAGCCUCAUCGCCAUGCUGGCGGUGCACGUCCUGGCUGAGCAGAACGCCAUCCCCAACGUGGCCAACGUCACCUGCUACUACCAGCCUGCACCCUACGUGGCCGAUGGCAACUUCAGCAACUACUGCAUCGCCCAGGUCCAGCCUGUCUUUGGGUGGCACCACCACUCUUAUUCCACCUGGAUGCCCUGUAACUGAGCCCUGCACAUGGGCACAGAGGGCAGACACAAUAGGCUGCAUGAACAGUUGCGUGGCCCUGAAGCAUCAUGGGAAGGGCAAGGAGCAGAGUCCCAGUUCCACACUCAGCCUGGUCAUGCUGCCUGUCUUGAGUGCUGCAGGCACAGGGUUUUGGAACGCGCUACUGUCCGCGCGUGCUGGGGGCUGGCAGAGACCACGCAAAAUCCCCCCCACCGCCCCGUUCCCCUGGGGGGGGGGGGGGCUCCCGGCUUGCAUCCCGCCUCACCUGCCGCGUGUGACCUGAGCAGCGACAUCGAUGGAGGGAAGACAAAAAAAAACAAAAAACGAGAAUGACGUCGCGUUUAAAUACCAAAGAUUUAGCUUAAUGCCCAAAAACAGACGACGGCGCCGAAGGGGAGACGUGUCUGAUAUGUGUCGUGGGUCAGGCUUGGGCCCGGGCCAGCUGAAUUAGCAAAGCUGUGGCUGCGUAUUGAGGGACACGUAGCUGUCAUCUCAUCUGUACAGUGUCAUGACCCCCCGAGAUGUCCCCAGUGUUCAGCGCUGCCAAGGGAAGUGCUAGUGUUUGGUUUUUUUUUGUUUUAUGUGUGUUUAAAGUUGUGACUUUUUUUCCCCAACACUUCAGAUACUUUCCUUUCACAGAUACUCGCUGUAGAAAGACUGAAUUGCAAAAGGGCUGAAAAGAGGAAGUGCAGUGUGCGUUGUAGGACCGAGCGGGGCGUCUUUACGGCCUCCCGUGACUGGGGCCGCUGGGGACCUCUUCAUAAGGGGUCAGUGUUUCCCCCUGUGAGGCGCUCUAUGCUAUUUGCUGUGACACUUGGGCAGGGAAUUCUGCAGGUCCCGCAAAAGCGAUAGAAGCAUGCGAUGGGGGGUGGGGGGUUGCAUGGCCCUGGGCUCUCCUCUGACGGAGUGGUGUUUGCACAGCGUCUGAUUAAUGGCAGGAUGCGGGGACCAAUCACAGCCUAUGGAAGGAGGUGGGCUGGGCAGCUUGGGGGCGGAGCCAGGGGAGCAGGUUUGCAUGGUGAAUGGGUCACAAUUCUGUCUCCACCCAUCCUCUUCAGCUCAGUACAUAUAGGCAUCAUGGUUCCUGCUCCCCAGAACGGACAGUGGGAUUAACCCCUACAAUCCAUCGGCACCACAGUCUGGCAGGACCAUAUUCUGCUAGCAUAUACAGGACCUGAGAUAGGCUAUCAGCAAUCAGAUGUGGGCACCUUCAGUUCUGUUUCUCUCAGCAUAAUCGGUCACAUGAUCAUGCGAGCACCAUGCUGAAGUCAUUCAGGGUGUCUUUUAGCUACCUAUAAGUGCUUUACCCACAAUCCCUCAGUCUGGCCCCAACCUGUCACUCUUCUCACACGUGAACCUGUCCAGAACCCUAUGCUGAUUCUUCAGCUACAUACGGCUGAAUGAUGCAGCGCAGGUUGUGCUGGGAAUAUGGACCCAUGUGUUCCGUUGCAUACCCCUCACCUGUGAUGCGAUAGCGCCGCACUGCGGGGAGGAGGCUCACACACCCCCCCGAAUUGCAUCACCCCGCGGUGGAACCACAUUCUGCUGCAAAAGAGAACCUUGUAUUUUUCUAUUGAUGCUAUUUUUGUUAAUGUUUCUGGUGUUCUCUUUGUCGCGGUGCUUGGGUAUCUGCAGAUUCUUAGCAGUCCUUCUGAGAAAUGUUGUACUUUGUUUUUCUGUGAGAAAGGAGAUUUUUACCAUUAAAAGAACGGAUCCUGAAAGCGGA